UGUUUUUAGUGUUUGUAUAAAUCAGCUGUUUGUUAACAAUCUAGUCUUAUCUCUGUAGACUAACUGAUAUUAAUAAAUUAUUUGAUUAUUUAAUAUUAUGCUUUGAGUACAUUUUUCUUAAACUUCCAUACAAAAAUGAGAUUACCUGUAAAAAUUACUCAAAUCGUUAAAAAUGUUUGUCGUUCAUUUAGUACCAAGGAAUGUCAUCCCGUGUCUCAUGUCAUUUUUGAUAUGGAUGGUGUACUUUUAGACACUGAAAAUAUACACAAGCAAUCUGUAACAGCAGUGGCAUCUAAAUUUGGUAAAACCUACAACCUUGACUUACGUUACAGGGUGUUAGGUGCACCUGAAUUUGAUGGAGCCAAAAUGGUAGUUGAUGAAUUAAAUUUGCCAAUAUCGGUUGAAGAGUUCAUAAUCAUGGUCCGUGCAUUUGAGAAUAAAGUUUUAUCUGAUGUUGGUUUACUACCAGGCGUAGAUCGGCUUGUGCGUCACCUUAACAAAAACAAAGUACCAUUUGCUAUAGCAACUAGCAGUACUAAACAAAGUUUUGACUUGAAAACUUCUCAACAUAAAUCAUUGUUUUCACUUUUUAACCAUGUCGUCUGUGGAGGAUGUGAUCCAGGGGUAAAGAAUGGAAAACCUGCACCAGAUAUAUUUCUUACAUGCGCCUCUAGAUUUCCUGACCAGCCACAUCCAAAAAAGUGUUUAGUAUUUGAGGAUUCUCCAAAUGGAGUAAGAGGAGCUAAAGAAGCAGGUAUGCAAGUAGUAAUGGUACCAGAUAAUUUGUUAUCAAAAGAUUUAUGUACUGAAGCAACUGUAGUAUUAGGCAGUAUAAAAGAUUUCAUUCCAGAAGCAUUUGGUUUGCCAUCAUUUGAUUGACUAUCUUACUAUUAAUCUAAUUUUAUCUUUUAGUAUAUUUUUCCUAAAAAACCCAAUUUAUUAUUUUGGGUUUAUUAAGUUUAGGCGUAUAAAAAUUGUUUAUUUUCGUUAAUAUAUACCUAUAGUACAGUUUGUUUUAAAUUAUGUUUUAAUAUUGUAUUAAAAACGUUUCAAUAGUC